CGGGUUCCGGGCCGCUCGGGGAACGAUGGUUUUCCGGCGGCUGCUGGCGGCCCUGCUGAACAACUCGCAGCUAGUGGAGCGGCUGUCUGAGUCGCGGCCCAUCCGGCGGGCGGCGCAACUCACAGCUUUCGCGUUGCUAAAGCUGCAACUGCGCGGCCACGAUGCAGCUCGCCGCCUGCGCGCCCUCGCGGAUAAGCCACCGGGUUCCCUGUGUCGCCGAGCCUCGCGGUUCAAGGACACUUUCACCGAGGAACUCCGCCGCGGCGCCCGGGACCGUCUGGGGCAGCAGAAGGGUCCCGGCGCCAACGCGUAAGCACGAACUGUACUCUCACGGGUCGAGGUCAGGUAUCCUCCAUCCAGUGAUCUACACCGACUUCAGCAUUCUCGGGUCAUCGGGACGCUACGCUGCUUCGAGUCCUAAGUCGGAUUGUCGCCUUACAGAUGCCUAAAGUCACAUGGACAUCUGCCCGGUAGGCCUGCAGAUGUAAAGACCUCGAAGCCCACCAAUGAUUAAGAGUCUAGACCAUAAAAUAGCACGACUGAGAGCCAUGGACAAACAACCAGAAAGAAAGCCCGCCUUCUGCGAGCAGGACUGAAGCUGAAUAAAUGCUGCUGCAUCUGCACGGAUGCAGGAGAAUACCAGCGAAGCUUGUAAAUGGAAUGACAAUCCCAGGUUGCCAAAAUCUUUCAUUAAAUAUGUAAGCUGAUUAA